AAAUCUUUGUGCCGAUAAAGUUUUCUCUGGUUUUGCUGUGGAAAUGCAUGAAUCUAAAAGCAGAAAUGAACCGCUGCUUCACCUCCUUCAUUCUUCCGAGCUGCUCCUCCUUUGGACUCAGUCAUCAAACAUGGCGGAACGUCGUCCCCUUUUAUCCGAAAAUCAAACCUAAACAAACCGCUGAUCUGCAAACGCUCUGAGCGGCGCUCGGCGACAGCUGCUUGGAAGUUCACAGAGAGGUCAGAGGUCAGACCCGCCGGAGAACCCGCUCCUGCUGCUGGUUUCCACCCUUCUCUCUGGAGAAGAUUCUCACCUUUCUUUACCACCUUCACCUGAACGUCAAAGUGGGAUUUGGACCCUCAUCCCCACCAAACACGAGCCACAGGAGGAGGAGACAGUUUCUGCCUGACCCCCCUCCUCUUUAAAAAAAAAAAAAAACAGCUCCUGGGAUCCUCAGUGCUGCACCGGCUGUGUGCAUUUCUGUAAAUCCUCCAUAUUUCUACCUCUCCUCCUGCGAUUGCGACCCCCCCAACCCCCCAGGGUGGGUGCCGGGGGGGCUUCCACCAUGCUGCCAGUCAAAGUCCUCGUUCUGGGCGCCGGGGACACCGGGAAAACGGCGCUUUGCGUUCGCUUCAUCACCAAACGCUUCAUAGGAGAAUAUGACCACAAAAGAGAAAUGACGUACCGGUGCAGUCGGACGGUGGACCACGAGGACGUGGAUCUGGAGAUCCUGGAUUUACCAUUUUACCUUCACAAUAAACUACUUCCUGUUUGGCAGGUUCUGGUCCUCCAGGACGGUGUCCCUGCUUCUCUGGAGUCCUACAUCUGCUGGGCUGAUGGUUUUCUCCUGCUGUACUCCAUCACCCAACGCCUCACCUUCACCGAGGUUCCUCGCCUCAAGGCACUCAUUGACAAAACCAAACACUCUCUCAUUGUUCCCACAGUGCUGGUCGCCAACAAGGCCGACCUGGAGGUUGGCAGGAAGGUGACAACAGAGGAAGGAGGGAGGCUCGCUAAAGAUUUAAGGUGCAGCUUCACAGAGCUGUCUGUGGCUGAGGCAGCUUCAGGAGUGGAAGCAGCUGUCCUUCAGCUCAUCAGGCUGGUGUUGGACCAACAGCGGCCCCUGCCUGACCGCCGCUCCUACAUGCUGACGGUCCGCCACGCUCUGACACGGAAACUAACCCGCUCCAAGACCAUGCAGUGGUGAAAAAAAAAAAUCACCUUUUUCUGCGUCUGAAUAUAAAUGGCGACGGCUGGGACGUGUGUGUGUGUUUGUGUGUGUGUGUGUGUGUGUGAGUUCUUGUAUUGUUCACCUCAAGAGGAUAAAGCAGACCAGACCUGUCUGCUUUUUUGGGUCACAUUUGAUGCAUCCUAAUUAAGAGAAAUGCAACCCCUCAAUGCAGUUUUGGGCUUUAAUAUAAAUGAAUUGACAAUAUUGAUUUAAAGGUAGCCAUAAGACAUAAAGCAGGUUUUUUUAUGCAACUAAAAAUAUCAAAUAAUGGCCUUUUUUUAAAUUAAACAUUGUGAAUUAACGUUAUUAGUAAUUAAUAAAAGUAGCAACCUGACAGAAGGGAAAUGUUUGUUCAGUUAAGGUCCAAAAGCUGAAAGAUAAGUUAGAAAAUUAGCAAAAACGUACAUUUCACUCACAAGUUGUGUUGUCAUGUGGCUUUCCAUCCACUAGGGGGCACCACAGGCCUAUUAGUCGAUGAUGUGGAAAGAUGAGCUGCCUUACCACAUCUAAUAAAGGAUUUUUUUUGGGGGGGGGGGGGGGGGGUUGACAGUUUUUGGUAAAGAGAAUCAGAGAGUUAACUUCACAUUCAUUUAUGAAUGCUCAGCUUGAUCAAUUAUACUGAAGUGUGUUAAUAAAAGCACCAUAUGUUAAUCAAAC